AAUAAUUCCAAGAGCUUUCGAAGAAGGGAACAUGGGUACCGCAGAGCCUCAGGAUGAACUGACUCGCCGUCGCGAGCGAGGCCGACGCUCCCAAGCAGCUUUUCGCAAGCGUCAAGCCCAGUCGACCCAUGCGCUAGCAAACCAAAAUGCCCGUCUUAAGCAGAGCAUUCAGAGACUACUUGAUGCAGCUCGAGGCGAUGAACGACCCGAGAUGCUUGGCAUCUUUCGUGACCUCGCAUUGGCUGCUGAACUAGAAGUCCCUGCAAAAAUCCCACCUGAUGAAGGACAGCCUUCAAAUGUUGGGUCAAUGAGUGGAGAGACUGCCACUUCUGACGCAAGUGACCCGCGGAUCUUGUUUAGCGAUGUACAUCUGCCGUCGACUCCCUCGCAAGCAACACAGUAUCGGCUGGAGUGCAGUAUGUGGCUAGACCCACUACAUUACCUACGCGUCUCGCUUCCUCCCCAAGAUAUCUUGCCAUACCUCGGUGUAGGUGCGGAGACAUUUGCGGGCCUUCUCUUCUGGUCAGUCAUGGAGCAUUACCAGACAGUAUGCACGCAACACAACUCCAAAACAGUCAUCCAAAAAGGUCUGAAGCAUUCCAAAGCCACGCAAGAUAUCAAGCCCUCUUUUAUCGAAACCAUGGCAAAGGCAAGGGUUGAGUAUAAGCAAACGGGUUCCAUUAGCCAAGCACAUGCUGUCGCCGCUGAAAAGGAUCUGGGACUUGUACUUUGCAGUCUCAUAGAAACAGAGUAUCGUUCCACGGGCAAGGAUCCAGAUCAGUGGCUGUCAUGUAACGGGAUUGAGAAACGACUCAUGAAAACAUUGAGUGAUGAAGCAUUGGAGACUUUGAGAAAGGCCGCACUGGGAGAAGGGAAUGCAGUGUUGCACUAUCUGCUGGAAGACGUCAAGUGUAGGCUGUACGAUAGCUGUGUCUGCUUUGGGGACGGACCUCGAUGGAACGUCGAUGUCGUUGAUCAGCUAUUUACUCCUUUUAUAAGACGUGGAAUGGAAGGGUAAAUGGUAAUAUCUUUUGCAGUUGCCCUUAAGCAUAGCAUCUCCUUAUCCCUGUUGAGUAAGGCGACUAUGUUCAAGCGGCAAAGUAUUAAUGUUUUAGUGCACUAUGGCCAAUCUCGACAACGUUUACUAAGCUAGACAUGAUGGAG